UGUGCUAAAUUUGUUGGCCAGCAUUUACUGGUCAUAUACUAAAUUUGAAAAACAGUAUAUUGCGAAACAACCCGGUCAAUUCAAUCGCAGAAUGUUCAAAAAUACUUUUCAAUCUGGAUUUUUAUCAAUUCUCUACAGCAUUGGCUCCAAGCCUCUUCAGCUUUGGGACAAGAAAGUGCGCAAUGGACAUAUAAAACGUAUAACUGACAAUGACAUACAGAGUCUAGUUCUGGAAAUAGUUGGGACUAACGUCAGCACUACAUUUAUAACAUGUCCAGCGGAUCCAAAGAAGACACUUGGUAUAAAAUUGCCUUUUCUUGUAAUGAUUAUUAAGAACAUGAAGAAAUACUUCACAUUUGAAGUGCAGGUUCUGGAUGAUAAAAAUGUUCGUCGCCGGUUUCGAGCCAGCAAUUAUCAAUCGACCACUCGUGUCAAGCCAUUUAUUUGCACGAUGCCCAUGCGUCUGGAUGAGGGAUGGAAUCAAAUUCAAUUUAACCUAUCUGACUUUACACGGCGCGCCUAUGGCACAAACUAUGUAGAAACUCUGCGCGUACAAAUCCAUGCAAAUUGCCGUAUACGGCGCGUAUAUUUUUCUGAUCGCCUCUAUUCAGAAGACGAAUUGCCGCCAGAAUUUAAGUUGUUCCUACCAAUUCAAAAACCAGUACAAAAGUCCAACGCUAUUUGCGGCUAGGUUCUUUCCGCCGACGAAAUUGCAUCUAUAAUCAACUAUAGCACAAAAUAUCCAAAGUUUAUAGCGGCCCAGUUGCUAAAAUUGUAAUUUCACUCAUAUAUUAACAUUUUUAUGAACUAAAUAGGCAAAUAUAUUGAAAAACAAUAAAAAUUCGCAUAUAUAUCUA